CAAUUCCAAGCUCCACUCCUGGGCUACAUUCCCACUCCUGCCCUCCUGCCCGUCUCCUAGGCCACUAAACCAAGUUGUCCUCUGGAGCAAGGCAAGGGAGACUGCAGAGCAGAGCAGAGCCUGAGCCAGACUGAGCACUACCUCCUCUCCCAGGUGCCACCGACCAGGGCUUUUCCUUCAGGGACUGACAUGGCCCGGCAGCGGAGAACAGGACUGCUGUUCCUUCUGGCGUGGGUGGCAGUGGUGUGGGCUAGUGAUUUAAGGACGGACCUUCUCAACAUCUGCAUGGAUGCCAAGCACCACAAGAAAAAACCAGGCCCUGAGGACAAGCUGCAUGAGCAGUGCAGUCCCUGGAAGGAUAAUGCCUGCUGCUCUGUCAACACCAGCCAGGAAGCCCAUAAGGAUAUUUCCUACCUGUAUAGAUUCAAUUGGGACCACUGUGGCAAAAUGGCACCUGAGUGCAAAAAGCACUUCAUCCAGGACACCUGUCUGUAUGAGUGCUCCCCCAACCUGGGGCCUUGGAUCCAUCAGGUGGACCAAAGCUGGCGCAAAGAGCGGGUCCUGAACGUGCCAUUAUGCAAAGAGGAUUGCCAGGAAUGGUGGGAAGACUGCCGCACCUCCUACACCUGCAAGAGCAACUGGCACAUGGGCUGGAACUGGUCCUCGGGGUAUAACCAGUGCCCAAAGGAAGCUACCUGCCAGCCCUUUGAUUUCUUCUUCCCUACCCCUGCUGAUCUGUGCAGUAAAGUCUGGAGUGACUCCUACAAGGUCAGCAAGUAUGGCCGAGGGAGUGGCCGCUGCAUCCAAAUGUGGUUCAACCCGGAUUAUGGCAACCCCAAUGAGGAGGUGGCCAGGUUUUAUGCUGAGGCCAUGAGUGGGACUGGGCUCCAUGGGGCCUGGUCUCUUCUGCUCGGCCUAGCCUUGAUGUUGCUUUGUCUUCUCUGCUGAGCCUCUUUUACCUUCUGAUCCCCAGCCAUCCCUGUUCAGCCCCCAGCUCCAUAUUCAAUCCUGCUCCAGGGUGGGAACGCUGACCAAUAGUUUAAUAAACCAGUCACCCUACAUGUAUCAUGUGAAUUACUGGAUGUGAGUGGAAUGUGACUUUUGCUGCCCAGUUCCCACUGACUGAAAAGUUAGAAUUGGUCACGUCACAACUCUUAUACUUGCUAUGAGUUUUCCAAAUACUUAACUAUUCUUCUGCCCUUGGACAUAUUCAUAGUUCUCAAUAUCAUUUUUCACUAUAGCGCUAAUCUAAAGUCAGCCUCAGCAUUUCACCACUUGAAUUGGAGCCAAGCUUCCGAGGGUAGACUAUUCUGCUCUGGUCAUCUCUCCAACAGAAGAGAAGGGAACAGACAUGCCCAGCAUGUUCUAGAUGGAUGGCUAGAAAGGAUAGAGCAAGAGCUGUACCCCACUAACAGCUAAUACCCACAGAGUGCUAUCCACCAGGCACUGUUCUAAAAGAUUUGUACUUAUUCUUAAAACUUUACCUAUGUGGAAACAGGCAUAUAAAUU